GCAAAGGCAAAGCGUCGAUAUUCGUACUCGGCAUGGUCGCAUGAUCUCAAGUGAUCGAGAACUAGAUUGGGACGGCGUCUAUUCCUCCAAACAUGCUUGCAUCCCACUACUUACCUCCCGCUUUACGAAACCGAACUCGGGGCAGAACAACCAUCCGAGCCCACACAGUGAUCUAAUGCUUUGACGCCUGAGGCUUGAAGCUUGAAGCCCAACCAGAAUCAUGGCAGCGCGCAGCGAGCCUUCCCGACAUCUUUUCCAAUAAAUCGUUCUCGUUCGCUACAGCUGUUUUAGGACCCGCGAUGAUUCAAAGUGGAUUUGAGACAAGAUACCCCUACAAUCACAUCAAAAAUCGUGUAUUCCGCAUCAGCGGAUCCUAGCAAUUGACCCAAUUGGAAAUGUGAAACACACGUACGGUCAGUGGCUCGUUAUCCUCGUCAGUUAUAAGCUCUCGUACAACUUCUUUAGUUCAUCGUUUCACCCUCUCUCUUCCCUCGAACUAGUAGCUCACUGUCUCUUCCCUCCAUUUUGUACAAUCCUUGCCCUCGCUCUUUGAUAUUCACCAACGACCUCCACUGAUCAUCAUGUCCCGUAAAGCUACUAAGCCACUCCCCAAGUUCGAACUUGGAAACGACUACAAAGUCCUUCACAGUCUGGGAGAGGGCGCAUAUGGAACUGUUGUUGCCGCUCUCCACAAACCCUCAGGUCGAUCAGUUGCAAUCAAGAAAGUUCUUCCCUUCGAGCACACCCUGUUCUGCCUUCGCACUCUGCGAGAGCUCAAGCUUCUCAGAUUCUUCUCUGAGACCUGCGUCAACGAGAAUAUCGUAUCAAUCCUAAGCAUCAUCAAACCCCCAUCUUUCGAUGAUUUUAAGGAGAUCUAUUUCGUCCAAGAGCUAAUGCAAACCGAUUUGCAUCGCGUAAUUCGAACGCAAAAACUCACCGAUGACCACUGCCAGUACUUCAUCUAUCAAACACUACGUGCACUGCGAUCAAUACAUAGUGCUGAUAUCGUUCACCGAGACCUGAAGCCGGCCAAUCUGCUUGUAAAUGCGAAUUGCGAUCUCAAAGUAUGCGACUUUGGAUUAGCGAGGAGCGUCAAGCAAUCAAGUACUCAGGGUGGGAAGGAUAUCGGUGUCAUGACAGAGUACGUUGCCACCAGAUGGUAUCGUGCUCCAGAAAUCAUGUUAUCGUUCAAGAUGUAUACAAAGGCUAUCGAUGUAUGGGCGGUCGGAUGCAUCCUCGCAGAAAUGCUCUCAGGUAGACCUCUGUUCCCUGGUCGCGACUACGGCCACCAGCUCGACCUCGUUCUCGAUGUUAUCGGGACACCCACUCUCGAGGAGUUCUAUGGAAUCACUUCUCGUCGCUCUCGUGACUACAUCCGUGCUUUGCCCAUCCGCAAGCGUAGACCUUUCACGGCUCUCUUCCCGAGCGCGUCGGCUGAUGCGAUUGAUUUCCUCAAUCAAACCUUGACAUUUGAUCCGAAAAAGCGUAUGACUGUUGAUGCUGCUCUCGAACAUCCGUAUCUUUCCGCAUAUCAUGAUCCUGACGAUGAGCCUGUUGCUACUUCUCUCGACCCAGAUUACUUUGACUUUGAUGAUCACAAGGAAGCCCUCAGCAAGACUCAGUUGAAAGAGCUACUCUAUGAAGAAGUCGUCGCAUUCUCACCUUCUAUCUAAUUUAUCGGGGCCAUUCCCUAUUAUUUAUGUCAUCUGUUUUCGUGUCCUUUGCUGUGCAAUUCACAUCCCUUCACUCUAUCCACCAAUCUACAUGUCUCAUACC